GUGCAGCAGCUGCUCCGCGGUUGGCCGCCGGUGAAGAUGGGGGUGGAGCCCGAGGAGGAAGGCGGCCCCGCGGAGGAAGAAGAAGCUGCUCGCGUCAUGGAGCCCUUGGACGCGGGGGCGACGGGCAGCUCGCGGGCAGUUUUCGAUCAAAGGGUGCCAACAAGAAUCUCUUCAUCCAGAGUCAUAGUACAUGUGGACCUGGAUUGCUUUUAUGCCCAAGUAGAAAUGAUCUCCAAUCCAGAAUUAAAGGACAAACCUUUAGGUAUUCAACAGAAAUACUUGGUGGUUACUUGCAACUAUGAAGCUAGGAAACUUGGAGUUAAAAAACUUAUGACUGUCAGAGAUGCAAAAGAAAAGUGUCCCCAGCUGGUCCUCGUGAAUGGAGAAGACUUGAGCCGCUACAGAGAGAUGUCAUAUAAGGUUACAGAACUGUUGGAGGAAUUUAGUCCAGUUGUUGAGAGACUUGGAUUUGAUGAAAAUUUUGUGGAUCUAACAGAAAUGGUGGAGAAAAGACUCCAGCAGCUUCCAAGAGAUGAGAUUCUCUCUGUGACUGUGUCAGGCCAUGUUUACAAUAACCAGUCUGUAAACCUGCAAAACAUCACCCACGUGAGACUUGUGGUCGGGUCGCAGAUUGCUGCAGAGAUGCGCGAAGCCAUGUAUCAUCAGCUUGAGCUCACUGGUUGUGCUGGAGUGGCUCCCAAUAAACUAUUGGCAAAGUUAGUUUCUGGUGUUUUUAAACCAAAUCAGCAAACAGUCUUAUUACCUGAAAGCUGUCAAGAUCUCAUUCACAGUUUGAACCACAUAAAGGAAAUGCCUGGUAUUGGCUAUAAGACUGCCAAACGUCUUGAGGUGCUGGGAAUCAAUAGUGUGUGUGAUCUUCAGACCUUUUCAAUCAAAACAUUGGAAAAGGAGUUAGGAAGUUCAGUUGCUCAGCGCAUUCAGAAGCUCAGUUUUGGAGAGGACAAUUCUCCUGUCACACCCUCAGGGCCACCGCAGUCCUUUAGUGAAGAAGACACAUUUAAAAAGUGUUCAUCGGAAGCUGAAGCUAAAAUGAAGAUUGAAGAACUGCUUUCCAGCCUUUUGAAGAGAGUAUGCCACGAUGGAAGGAAGCCCCAUACAAUAAGAUUAGUCAUCCGUCGGUACUCUGAUAAACACUGUAAUCGUGAGAGUCGCCAGUGUCCCAUUCCUUCCCAUGUCAUUCAGAAAUUAGGGACAGGAAACUAUGAUGUAAUGACUCCCCUGGUUGAUAUCCUUAUGAAACUUUUCCGAAAUAUGGUAAAUGUGAAGAUGCCAUUUCACCUUACUCUUCUGAGUGUGUGCUUCUGCAACCUGAAAACACUGAGCACUGCUAAGAAGGGGCCCAUGGAUUUCUACUUAACAUCGUCCCUGUCAACCACGUCCCACUCCGGCAAGCACAGUUUUAAAGUGAAAGACGCUCACAAUGAAGACAUUUACAAAGAGAAAGAAGCCAACUGGGAUUGUCUACCAAGUAGAAGAAUUGAGAGUAUGAGAACUGGGGAGUCCCCACUGGAUGCCACCUGUCUUUUAAAAGAAGAAGUCACAAGUGACUUUCCACUCCAGGCCCUUCCCGAGGGCGUUGACCAAGAAGUCUUUAAGCAACUUCCAGCAGACAUUCAAAAAGAGAUCCUUUCUGGAAAAUCCAGAGAUAGUCUCCAAGGGAAAGGAAGUUUAAGUUGUCCACUGCAUGCCUCUAGAGGUGUAUUGUCUUUCUUUUCUACAAAGCAAAUGCAAGCUGCUUCCUUAAGUUCCAGAGAUACUGUGUCUACUGGCAAGCGGGUAUCGGCUGUGUCUCCCUGUGAACCAGGAACGUCAGGCUCGAGUACCAGUAGUUCUUCCCAUCCAUCAUGCGGAAAGGAUUGUUCCUAUUAUAUAGACAAUCGGUUAAAAGAUGAACGCAUGAGUCAGGGACCUAAAGAGUCUCAAGGAUUCCACUUUUCCAAUACAAACCCUGCCGUUUCUGUGUUUCAUUCAUUUCCAAAUCUGCAGAGCGAACAACUUUUCUUCAAACACCGCUCUGCGGAUAGUCACAAGCAGACAGUAGCCACCACCUCUCAUCAAGGACUAGUGGAAAGUAGAGAGCAAGAAUCUGCCGAUGAAAAACUUACUUUCCCAUCUGAUGUUGAUCCUCAAGUUUUCUAUGAGCUACCAGAAGAGGUCCAAAAGGAAUUGAUGGCGGAGUGGAAAACAGCCGGAACAGAGCUCCACUCUGUACAUAAAUAAUCACACUCAGGAAAAGGGCCAGAAAGCAAGGGAGGCAUUAGUUUCAUAUUAGCUUCCCAUAAGCUCUUCUUAUUUAAAAACUAAUGUUCAAUGACGUAGAAAUCCCAGUGUAAGGUGUUCCAGAUAAAGCAAGAAUGGUGCAAGAAGUAAAUUCUAGCACAAAGGGAAAAAAUAUCAAUAAUGUGAUAAUGUAAAAAAAAAAAUGCUAUCUUCUUGUUAUUUCUAUAGCUGUUUUAUAUCAUUUUCCAAUAAAAGGAAUAUCAUGGUCAA